AACCCUCUUCGGCUUGCUCUGGCUUCGAGCCUUCUUUCUCUUUCAAAUCCCUCUCUUUUUGAAAAUUGGGUGACGUUUUUCUGCCUUCCUUUUGUUUUCUGGUGCACGGGAACUGUAAAGCAAUGGCCUUCAAGUGGUUGCUCAGUUCAGCAUUCAUCCAAGUUCUGGGGAUUGCAGAAGAAACUGUAGAGGAAAAAGAAAAGGGCAAGGCUAAUAAUGGAUGCUCCAAUGGAAGACGGACCCGUGAUCAAGCCCAACGUAGCGGGAAGGCCGACAGCAAGGACAGAGCAGAAGAGCUUGCAUCUGCAACGAGGUUCCAAAUGCCUCUUCACUACCCGAGGUACACAAAAGCUGACUAUGAGAAGAUGGAGGAAUGGAGACUCGAUUUGCUCCUCCAAGAAUAUGGGAUGAACUGUCAGUGUCAGGGCUCUCUUGAUGAGAAGAGGGCAUUCGCCAUCGGCGCUUUCUUGUGGCCUGAUCAGCGUUGACUCCCAAAAGACCGAACUUUACUGGUGCAAGAACUUGUACUGUCGCUCGAGUGAUGUAAAAGACAAAACCUGUUGAAGAAUUAUGCAGUCUUGAGGUUAGUGUCGUGAAGUCAUGUUGGCGAAAUGAACAGUCGCCGUGAUCAAAGGGAUGUGGAUACUUUUGGAAGAUGAAACCACUAUCGCCCUGGUCCUGAUGGAGAGAGUCAGUUCCGUAAUAAUAGAUAACUUUUUUUCCAUGGA